AUAGAUGUUAAACUGAAACCCUUCCUUUAUAAUGAGGGUCGAGGCAGAAUGGUUCCAAUUUCUGAGCUUAUUUUUCUGAGAAACUCGGAGCGGUCUAGAGACAAUCAACUGCCUCAGAUUAGGGAUUUAGGAGAAGCAGUGGAUAAUUUUGACUUCGAAACAAGUGAUAUUGUUGCAGAAGCAACUAAGAAGUAUUCUCCCGAAAAAGAUCCUGAAAUGUUCCGAGAGUGCUGUUGGCGCCUGUCAAAGCGUGGAGCGGUUGGAGAAACUGGUUUACAUGUGUGCUUUCUCAUUCCUACCUCUACACACAUUGAGCUUGCCAAACGAAUGAUUAAACGAUUUCCAAAGUUGAUCAAUGAUAUCUUCAUCAGUGAAGAGUACUAUGGUGAGAAUGUUCUCCAUCUGGCAACUGUAAAUGAGAGUCCAGCAAUAGUUAAAUAUCUUCUUGAUGCUGGAGUCAACUAUCAGGAGGCAUGUUUCGGUAAUUUUAUGUGCACUGAAGACCAACAGACGAACAGGAUGGAUACACUGGACUCAGAACGGGUUAUUAUGAAUGCUCACACUGAUUAUCAGGGACAUGUGUACUGGGGUGAAUAUCCUCUAUGUUUUGCAGCUUGCCUGGGCCAAGAAGAGUGUUACAGACUGAUACUAGCCAAGGGUGCAGAUCCCAAUGCGUUGGAUACCAAUGGAAACAAUGUUUGUCACAUGAUGGUAAUCUUGAAUAAGAAAGACAUGUUUGACAUGGCCUAUGAGACAGGAGCUGAUGCUAGAAUAUUCAAUAAUCAGGGAUUAACACCACUGACCUUAGCCUCUCUACUCGCAAAAUCCAAAAUGUUUUUUCAUAUUCUAAACAUUGAAAGGGAUGUUUACUGGCAGAUUGGACAUGUUGUGUGUGCUGCAUAUCCUCUUAGUUCCUUCGAUACUAUUGAUGUUCAUACUGGAGAACUUGAUGCUAAGAGUGCUCUUAAUCUAAUCGUAUUUGGGGUAGAAAAUGAGCAUCUGGAUCUGAUUGAAGGUGUUGUGGUUGAUUUAUUAACUGCUAAAUGGAAUUCAUUCAUCAGAGGCAGGUUUUGGCGCCAGUUUCUUCAGUUUAUAGUGUUCUGGCUCCUGGUUUGUACAGCCUUCCUACCUCGUCCCACCACCACCUGGAUAUGCAGGAAAAACCUACAGGAUAACGUUAGUCUCACAUUAUUCACCAACUCCAACUAUGAGUUAGAAUCGGAGAAAAUAAUUCCCCUGAAAACUCUCAACCGCUCUUCUCCUUCCAGAGAUUACCUGAACCUUAGUAUUUCUGAUAAACUAGUACCUGAAUCCAUGUGUUAUCGGCUGCUGAUUGAAUCUAGUUCAGUAAACAGUUCUUCUGCCGAUUAUCCUGUGAUAGAAGAGGGUUGGAUACCAGAAGAGAGUAGGAUACCAGAAGAAAGUAGGAUACCAGAAGAGAGCAGGAUACCAGAAGCGUCUGGUUUACAAGAGAGCUGUCAAUCUGGAAACUGGUCUACAAACAAUCCUUGCGGACUUUGGAGCAUUGAGUCUACUGAGGACAAAGUAAGAGUUCUCUCCGAGUUAUUAAUCCUACCACUCACUGUUCUUUAUAUUUUUACUGGAUUUAGAGAGAUGAUGUUCCUACCCUCAAAUAUAUUCUGGGAAACCUUGAUAGUUUGUCCUUCUAGAAUCAUCUUUAUGUUAGGAAACUUUCUCAUUAUUGUUGCAUUCUCCCUCAGAAUGACCUGCAGGCGAUCCGUGGAGGAUCAUGUAGCUCUUCUUGUAGUUCUAUCCACAACCUUUCAUUUCUUAUUCUUUUGCAGGGCCUUCAAGUUUGUCGGAACCUUUGUGAUAAUGAUCUACAGGAUGCUGGCAAAAGAUCUUCUUAGAUUUGUUAUUGUCUACGCUAUAAUAACAAUAGGAUUUUCUCAGUCAUAUUUUAUAAUUUUCACAUCGUUCUCCGGAGAGGGCGGUGCUAAAAAUCCUAUUCCAGACAGCGGAGAAAGUAUUAUGCAGGUUUUCAUCAUGUCUCUUGGACACUUUUUACGAGUAUACAACGGACUAGGGAAGUGUACUCCUGUAUUGCAGUACAUCGGAAAAACUGGUUUCUUUGUAUUUGUUAUGAUAGUAACUGUUCUGUUGGUAAACCUACUAAUUGCUAUGAUGGGGAACACCUACAGUGAAAUUGCUGCUAUUCGGAAUGAAUGGAUGAGACAGUGGGCUCGAACAGUUUUGAUAAUUGAACGCGGUAUUCCGCCAGCCUCGCGCUUGAAAAGCCAAACCAAAUAUUCUCACAUCAUGGCGGACGGAAGGAAAGCACUUGUUCUCAAAAAAGUUUUUAACGAUGAUGAGAAGGAUGAGAUGAACCAUGUUCUUUUCAUGAAGAAAAAUAACAUAGAAAACAUGAAUAGGAGGGAUCAAGGAAGCAGUGUAGGAGAAGGUUCAAGUUCGUCUUCAAGAAUACAAUCUAGGACAUCAUCAAAAGGUGAUGUCCCGCUUCAUGUAUUACACCGCCUCAAACAUAACGGAGCCAGUUGUGGUGCGCUUGGAAACGGAAAUUUGCCGCAAUCAAUUCUCGAAGACAUCGAAUCCGAAGUUUAGAAUAAUUUUGUAUUAAAAAUACAUGGAGAUAGCGUGGGGCCCAUACACCUGUGGACUAGGAAGACAACAUUUAAAAAUCGUCUUUAUAUUUGAUGUCGUUAUAUUGCAAACAGUUUUACCAGAACCUUCAAAUCAACUUAUGAAGUAAAAAGGGUCUUCGUAUAUUGCACAAUUGGUGGUUUUAUGAGCAUUAGAUUAUUAAACAUCAUAAUUUCAGUCUAAAAUCAUCUUAUUAUUCCACAGUUAAAUGGGUUACAUUGUGUGUAUUCUAUAUUCUUAUAUUUCCUCAUGUCGCCUAUUUUAAUAAACUAUAGCAAAUA